UUUCCUAUUUUCCCUCUUUCAUCUUCCAUCAAGAAAUCCUCCAUCGAGCGUCAUCUUCAAUCGAGAAAUCCUCCAUCGAGCGUCAUCUUCCAUCUUGCAGUCUGAUUAGAGAAAGUAGCAGUCUCCCUCUCUGCUACUGUGAUGCUGUGGUGCUGCCGUUGCUGAGAAAAGCAAUUCAAAAUGGAACAAAGGCAGCAGAGAUGCAUAAAAGAGGAAGGAAUCUGAUGCAAUGGCAUGUCAAUGGUGGGGACCACUUGAGGAAUCGCCCACAUCUCAAAUGCAUGUGCCAUGAACAUGGUAACACAUUACUGGUUAAUAGGGAGUAUAUCUCAGACAACCUGACUAUAAUCCUGACAGUCCAUUCAGUGUUGCAGCAGGUAAUUAGAUUGUUUUGGGGGUAUCAUCAAUGUGCCUUUGUUAUUGACCCAGAAGAUAUUGACAAUGGCUUCAAUGGAUUGGUUUUGCAUAUUUCAACGGACAAUAUCCUGGCUUAUUGUCUAUUCAAGCUUCUAAAUGAGGAUGUACAUCAGCCAAUAUGUGCACAAUGCAUACUGGUUUCGACUGAUACUUUACACCUUGCUGACAUAUGAGAUUGAGGGGAUGGAAUCAUUAACUGAAGUGAAGUAAGCCAAAGAUCUUAAAUCAACAAUGUAGUGAAUGCAUCCACCAGAGUUGCAUAGUUAACAAAAGCUUUGUGUUAUCUAUUAUUUUUAUACGUAAUUGAGCUCAAGUGUGGUAUGGGUAUGGGUUAGGAAAUGCUUUGUUGACUGAGAUUGAAUGCAUGAUAACUAAGAUCUUAGCAUGCCUAACCAGAUACUCAUUCUGGUUUUGUUUUCUUUA